AUGUCGUCGAGCCAGGAGGCGACGGAGAUCGACAGCGAGGGCUCGAGUUGCGAGGAGCGCGAGUCCUCCCGCGGGGGUAGGCAACGGCUGCAGCCCGGGGACUCGGACGGCGCCAGUGGCAUACCGAAGAAGCGCCGGAAACAGUCGACGCCCAUCAAGUUCUCGACGAGCUCGCUGCCAAUGAUGAUGGGCGACGAGUGCGACGACGAGGACCAAGACGACGACGCGGAGGACGACAACAACGAGGAGGAGGAGGAGGACGAGUCCGAGGAGGAGUUGCAGCUGAAACGAGAGCCAACGGGCGAAGGUAAGCCGCGGCCCCAGAGCCCGACGCUCAAGGACGAGAACCUAAACAGCGAGUUUCGCUGCCAGUACUGCGGCCAAUUCCUCGAUAGCCGGGCGAGCCUCGAGCUCCACCUCGAGUGCGAGCACGCUUUUGGGGGUGCCCUCCUGGGCAACCCGGAACAACUGAACGGCAACCAGCAGCAGUCCAUCAGCCCGAUCAAUCUGUCGGGUAUCAGUGUACGGAGCUUCGCGACCAACGCCGCUUGGCUGCCCGACGGUGGUCCCCUGGCCAAGAUGAGGAACCACCACCACCUCCCGCAGCAGCACUUUCCCGGCGUGCCGGUCGGUUUUCCAGGCGCCCUGGGCCAGUUCCUGCCCCUGCCACCGUUUCCCCUGCCCGACUCCUCGGAGAUGGCCAGCAGGCCGAGUCUCCUGGCCCAGAUGCCCAAGAUCUUUAACCGCGAGGCUUACUGCAGUCUGUGCAACCGCGAGCUCUGCAACAAGUACUUCCUCAAGACCCACAUGGCCAACAAGCACGGGAUCCACAUUGACGGCCCACCACCGAGCAACGAUGUCUCGUCGACGAGGCCAGUCACAGCAGCAACAGUAGUACCGGUGAAGGUUCCCCCCGAACAACAACAGUCCCAGCCGCGACUCGACAGCGGUAGUACCAGCAACGGGGUGGUGGUAGUGCAACCGCAACAGCCGACCUUGCCGUGCGACAUGUGCUCCAAGCGUUUCAAGAACGAGGAAUCGUUGAGGAAGCACAGGAACAAGAUCCACGUCGAGAGCGCCGAUUCGACCCAGCAGCCACAGAUGGGCUACCAGGCUACAGACGGGGACGACCGUCACAGUCCAGGGGGCAUGGAGUCGUUGUUUAGGCAAGAGUUCAACGUAGAGCAGGAGGAGCUGUCUUACGCCCCGACUCCGCGCUCGAUAACCGUGUCGCCCCAAUCGGUGCGCCAGCUCAAGGAGUCGGCCUUCAGCGAUGACCACCUACGGCGCAUCGGGGUCAUGAAUCCCGAGGCCUUUUGCGAGCUCUGCUGCAAGGAGUACUGCAACAAGUACUUCUUGCGCGUCCACAAGCUCAAGAGGCACGGCAUCUCGGAGGGUGACAAGCCAUCGCCCGGGCUGAGUCCUUGGACGGGCCAGCAUCAGUUGGUCCAGACGAGCCCGCUCAACCUCAUUGUGAGCGACAGUCUGGGCUCGGAGUCCGGGGACCGUCUUCUGGAGGAACACGCGUGCAAGUCCUGUGGCAUACGCUUCCAGAACCAGGAACUCUACCUCCUGCACGUCGAGAGGAUCCACGAGAACGGGGGAGGAGGGGAGCAGCACGAGCCGUCCGACGAGCAGGACGAGGUUGACCCCGAAAACACCAGUAGCUUGAUCGCGGACCAGCAGCGUAGCGAAGCCAUUUCCGAGGACCUCCAGAAACUGCAGACCAUGAUACUCCAACUGAACGGGCUCGAGUCCAACAAACCGGUGACGUGCGUCCUCUGUGGCAGGGACUACGAGUCCCCGGUAGCUCUGAGGAACCACAUGCUCGCGGAGCACAACAUCCUCUCGGAGACCCUGUCGCCCCCUCAGCAGCAACAGCAGGAAAAACCGAGCCAAGUGGUAUGUCCCGCCUGCGACAGGGAGCUCCCGGAUCAGGAGGCUUUGAGGAGACACGUUGCCGAGGAGCACCAGCCCGCGACCACCCCGACGCCCCAGCUCCCACCCACUACUACUCCCAAGCCAAGCACACCCCAGCAGCAACAAGGGGAACGCAAGCCCAGCUCGUCCCUGACACCGACGUCGAGCUACUGCGAGAUAUGCAACAAGGAGCUGUGCAACAAGUACUUUAUGAAGACGCACAUGCAAAAGAUGCACGGGAUCGAGAUAGAAAAUGGCGCGCAGAUUGGUGGCGUCGUCUGCAACAUAUGUAAGAAGGAGCUCUGCAGCAAGUACUUUUUGCGAGUGCACAAGCAAAACACCCACGGCAUCGUCGAGGAGGCUCCCACCACCGGGCAAGCCAGCACCAACCAGCAGCAGCAGCAGACGGUCAAGCUGCAGGACAGUCUCGUCGAGAUGUCAUCCAACAGCGGAGAGGUCGGUUCGCUGAGGGGCGUCGUGCCCGAGAACUUUGACGCCUUCGACAGAUACGUCACCCACUUCCAGGAGGUCUGUCCGAUUUGCCACCAACGAUUCCGGAGUUCCAAGUGGCUCAAGGCCCACAUGCAAAACGAGCACAGUAAGCCUGGCACGGACAAGUCCCCGCAGGCCGUUCCCAGACCGGCACCAGCUAGAGUUCCCAGCGUCGUUUCGAGGGGUCUACAACAGCAGCAACAAUCCUCCCUCGGCAGCAUCGGUCUCAAGAUCCCGAAUGGUUUCGAUACGAGCCACCAGCAGCAGCAGCAACUCAAGACAGAACUGGCCACACUGGGUAACCAGGUGCUAUCCAACUUUUUCGGUGGCUCAUCCGACGACCAGCAGAAGCAGACCUACCGGUGCUCCCAGCCCAACUGCAGCUUCUCAACGCCCAUCCUGCCGCUAUUUUUCCUGCACGAGAGGUCCCACCAUCAUCACCAGCAACCAUCGCACCACCAGGAUCAGAGCAGCGAUAAAAUGCUGCAGUGCCCGAUUUGCCACCAGACCUGCGCCCAGCCGGAACAGCUCCAACAGCACAUGGUCUCCCGCCACCCGAACCCCUUUCCCGGUCUGCUGCCCCAGUUCCCGAUACCCCUGCUCAACGAGCUCGUGAUGCCGAGCACCGAGCCGCCCCAGGACCUGGCCAACGAGCUCAAGGAGGACGUCCGCGGCCAGCCAAAGGCCCACAUAAUGAACGAGAUCGACACCAACAAGAUGAAAAAGAGACCCGAGGAGAGCGGCGUCGUGCAGGUCAUGCCACAGGGUACCUACAAGUGCUCGCAGUGUGGUUACGCCACAGCUAACCUCAACCGCAUAAAGAAGCACGUAAAACGGGAUCACAGGAGCCUGGGAGAUCCGGUGGAAACAGCGUUGGCCGAGCUCACCAAGACCCUGAAGGACGUGGCCAACAAGCACAAGGUGCCGGCGAGUUAUGCCGUGCCCCAGCAAGAGUCCAGCCUCUCCCCCGAGAAGACCAUCAUGCAGCCGUUCAUCAUCGAGGAGCUGCAACUACAGCCGAGCACCCGGAACAACAACUGCGGCGACAACAACAACGACAGCGUGGUAGCCGACAACAACGGCGAACUCCUCCUUGGUAGGACCUUUGCCCCGGCUCUCGUCUUCCUACCGGUGAAGACGCGGCUCAGUGGCGCCCUCACCACCUCCUUCACCCUGAAUCCCGCUUGAGGUGCGUAUCACUUUACUGGCUUAU